AUGUGGAACAACGCAGCAUGUGUGGCGAAGCGCUUCGCAGCACUACCUAAGGUCAACGAAGAAAAGAAGAAGGAGAUGCUGCAGCAAGCGAAUACUAUAUACAAAUCCCUAUAUGUAGCAUCAAUGAAGCCCUGCAGUUCCCAUCAUGCUAUACACCAUGCGCACAUUGCAUGCAACUGGGCACGUGUGCUGGACCUCUGCAAAAGCGCAGAGACUGAGAAAAGGUUGGAGGAAGCGGUUAAGACUGUCGAGGGCAUAAGCUUCACAAGGUCAACAGAGGACCUUGAAGCCUUCGGAGACCAAAAACCAUCCGAGGAGGACCCACCGUUGGAGUUUCUGAUCCUUUCCAACAACUUAGCAUUUCUCAAAAGCAAGCGUGGCACGGUUGAGGACCUCGUGACUGCCAAGACCUUGUAUGCAAAGACCUUGGUAACAAUUCAGAAGAAGCUUGAUCUACAUUCCAUGCAGCAGGACUAUCGUGUGCAGCACGAGGCUUUUUCGGCAGCCAUGACCUUGGCAGAGAUUCUGUUAAAGCUGAUGGAUCAAGCAAGCUCAGAGAUUCUGUUAAAGCUGAUGGAUCAAGCAAGCUCAGAUGAUGCACGAAAAGAGCUUCAGAAGGAUGCGGCCCAGAAUUUCAAGUUUGCAGCUGAAGGCUUUGAGAAGCUGCUGGGCCCUUUGAACGUGAGAAGUGUCGCAUGUCGGCACUCUUAUGGAUCUGUGAGGCUGCAGCAGGGUAAAGAAGCCGUGGCGACUCUUGAAGCGGUGGCGGGCUCUUGGGAGAAGGUGAACAUGGGAGGAGCCGCUGCACCCAUGCUGCAACAAAGCCUUGGCCUUGAUCGGAAGGAGGAUGUGCCGCCAAAGCUGCUCCAAAAGCUGAUGAGGGCCAGAGCCCUUUUCAGUGCGGCUUCUGCUUUCAAGGCGAUUGGCAUGGCGACUGAUCCGUCCGUGGACACUCCGCCAGCUCCGGCAGAGAUCUGCCAAAAGUUCGAAGAAGUCCUGAAGAUGAACAAGGAGAUGGGCAAGGACGAUUCGUCAGAGGUGUUUAGACGCCUGAAGGGAAUCCUCGCCAUGGCACAUGCAGAGCUGGGGCAACUGCAUGGUAAAGAAUACCAAGAAACCAGAACCCUGCAGCAGUUUAGAACGACACAAGAGCACUUCGAUGAAGCGCUCAAGUGGCUUCCUGAUUCUCCAGCAGACAAAGAGGGUCAUCUCCUGCGCUGCAGGACUCGUUUCAACAAUGCAUGCUUGCAGCUCACUGCGUUACGCUAUGCGGACCUUUCAACAUGGGAGAAAGUCAGUGAGAAUUUCAGUCUUGCAGCUGAUGGCUACGGUGAAUUGACCAGGUCCGGCAAAUGCCACUGCCAGAAAGACCCCCGGGAGUGUUUCUAUUACCAGCGAGCCAUGUGCAAGUUCAACCUGAUCAAGGCCGUCGGCAAACAAAGAGACUGGCAAACUGUCAAAGCUCAGCAGAAGGUGUUUGAAGUGCUGUGCGAGGAGCUGAAACAGCGGAAGGACUGCGCUCCACCAGAUCCGAAGUGGGAGCAGGAGCUGAAACGGAAUGACCGCCGAACCAGCAUCAUGAAGGAAGGAACCAAACCUUCUAAAGUUUCAGAUUCGCCGGAAUCCCCGUGA